AUGGCAGGAAACAUCUUCCCCAACCUGGAUAAUCUGUGUAACGUGGAUUGCAAUAACAUCCACCCUCUGGUGUGUCACCUAUGCAAUGAGCAGUAUCAGUCCCCGUGUUUGCUGGACUGCUACCACAUCUUCUGUGCGCGCUGUCUGCGAGGCCGGACCAAUGACAGCCGCCUCAGCUGCCCCCUCUGUGGGUAAGAAAGUGCACAGUGACUUUGAUGACAAUGAGGAGUGUUUAAGGCUGCGUGUAAUGCAGUGGUUCUCAAGUCCAGUCCUCAAGGCCCACUGUCCUGCAUAUUUAGGAUGUUUCCCUGCUCCAACACACCUGAUUCAAAUGAUCAGCUCGUUAUCAAGCUCUGUAAUGGCUUGAUAACGAGCUGAUCAUUUGAAUCAGGUGUGUUGGAGUAGGGAAACAUCCAAAACAUGCAGGACAGUGGGCCUCGAGGACUUGACUUGAGAACCACUGGUGUAAUGAGAAAUAACAGCAAUGGGAAAAAAAAUAUAGAAGUUAAUUGAAGCAUUUUAAAGGCCAUUGGGAUGGAAGACAGAAACUUUGGUCUUUCCCGGUCUCCCCUUGAUUUGUAAGAUCUGCCUGCAUCCUGUAUUAGCACUUUGAAGUAUUUUUCAAGUCACAGUGGAGAGGAAAAACUUCCAUUAGCAGGCAGACACCUGGAGCAGGACCAGACCCAUCUUUGACAGUCAUCUGCCGAGACUAUUUUAAAAUUUGAGAGGGGAUAGAGGGAGAUGCAGAGAGAUGGUUAAAGUGCUAAAAAUAAUGGAGUAAGUUUAGUUAAUUUAUUGGUGUCUUUUGGCUUCAGUGAUAAGUAUAGCUGAGUGUCGUCUGCAUAACUUUUGCAUUUUUGGAUUGUUUCCUCAUUAAGGAGGCAUUAAAAGAGGCAUGUGUAAGGUGUAAGGGAUUGGCCCAAGCACUAAAUCUUGAGGGACUCCAAAACUUAUAUUUUUGUGCUCAGAAUGCAGAUUUUCUUUAACUAUGGAAACGUUCAUUAAAUCUUAUUUUCCACUUAUUUUAGUUAACUGAACCUUUCCUUAUCUGGCAACACUUGUUUUAAAAGUUCUUUGGGUACUUGUGAUUGUUUUUAAAUAGCUUUUUUAAAAUUUUUCCAGUAAAAAAUACUUAAAUGUUAUUUUUAGUUCUGUCUUUGAGAGAUAUCUGCUGCAGUGUAUUCAAAUUUCAAGGAAAAGCUGUUUGUUUGUGUAUUCAUGAUGGUACAUAACUAUCCAAAAUAAAUUGUUCUGAGGCAGAAAUGGACACUGUAUGGAGCAUUUUGUUGUUCAUGUGGGAUAUUCUGGCUAGGUUCUCAGACCUAUGACAGUCAGUCUGAAACAAACAGUAAAUAUGGAAGUCAUAAGUCACUGAGUUUGAUUUCAUAAUGUUGUGAAAUAAUCAAGUGAUCUUAAACUGUUCGAGCAUUAAUAAGCUGUUUUAUUUCCCACUCAAAAAAUACAGUUUUGUUCCCCCCAUGCUGAGAUCUGAAUAGAUCCUUGUUGGUUUUAAAGAGCAUCAGUUCUCUGUUGUGGUUCUUCUGGAGCGACUCAGUGACCCAUGGGUCUGGGGAGGGCAGAACUGAGUGGCUGGAGCAGCUGCGGGGUCGUCCCUGUGGCUCUGAGUUCCUCUACGACCAGUCACCCUGCAAACAAAGCAAACUGGUAUUUAGCUGAGGUGCCAGCAGCUUAGAGCAAUCAAAAGCAGUCACAUGACACCAAUCCAUUUCAUCCCCUAUUAAGGACUGACACGUGUCUGAACAGUCACCUUCAGGUCUGCAGUGUUAACUUUACCACCAUCACAGCCCGUAGAGGGAUGCAUAGAAAUAGAGCUGUGGUCACAUCAGGAGUAUUUUUACUGAGUCAACAGGACCAGGAGGAAUUUUCACUUUUUCAUGCACGUGGUUCAGCUUCAUUUAUAGAUUGGUUUUAUUAUGUAAGAGGUCUAUAUGUGCUGUGUGGUCCUAUAAAAAUACACUAUAUGAAAAUGAAACAUAAUAUUCAUCUGUAAGGCCACCAUUCUCAGCUCCUGACUCUGGGACAAAGGUACAGAGUCCUUUGUGUGAAGCAACAAAAUUAUGGAAAAAUCAUAACUGGUGGGAACACUUUAAAGUCAUUCAGACACUUCCUACUGCACAAGAAAAAGACCUUAAUAUGUUUUCAACACACUUUAAUUUUCAUCAUUAAGAGCCUGUUUCAGUCCUGUCAUGUAGCUGAUUGUACCUUUUUUUAAUCACGUCACACAUGUGGGUGUGUUCAUAUCUGUGUCUUUUGGUUCUUUAGUACAAAAUGAAGUGUUAUACUUUGUGUUUAUUACAGCUGGCUGCAUACGAAAGGUAGACAGUGGUAUGUUUUCUAUUCUAUUCUAUUCUUUUAUUCUAAUCUAUUUAAUCAGUUCCUCUCUAUUCUUGUUACUACCAUCUAUUUUAUUCUUUUCGAUUUAUUCUAUUCUAUUGUUGUCUAGUCAAUUCUUUGCAUGAAACCUUACUCUAUUCUAUUCCACUCUGCUCUAUCCAAAACUGUCUGUUCUAAUCUAUUAAGUUCUAUUUUAUUUAGUUCUUUCCAAUCCAAUAACUAUUAUCUAUUCUAUUCUAUUCAGUUCUCUUGAGUUCUUUUUAAAAUUUUAUUCUUGUAAAUUCUGUUCAGUUCUGUUCUUUUCUAUUCAUUUCCUCCCCAUUCUAUUCUAAUUAGUUCUAUUCUUUUUUUAGUUUUCUUUAAUCAUGUCAUUUCAUCCCACACAACCUUGCCCUAUUCAGUCCUAGUGUAGUACACUAUUUUUAUUCCACUUUAUUCCUUUUAUUCAACAUUACUUCAUUCAUCCCAAUCUAUUGCUUUCCAUUCUACUCUACUUCAUUAGUUUCCAUUUGUUUUAUUCUACUCCAAUCUCUUUUUCUCAUCUGUAUCUACUCUACAGCUCACUAGCCAUCUUAUUCUAAACUUCAUUCUAUUCUAUUCUAUCACAGUUGAUUCUGUGUCAUAUGUGCACAUGAAAUACAAAGAAAGUUGUACUACAGUAAAAACACUCCUGUCGUGUCAAGUUAAAGAAAAAUGUCUGGUCCUGCAGGUUAAAAUUUAUUGCAAGUCACAUCCAUCACUGCAGGUUGUUUCUAUUAUUGACAACUACCAUGUGUCAUUUUCCCACAAAUAUACAUAUUUACAUAAAGAAUGGUAAUGAGUCAGGAGUAAGAUUAAAAACCUCAGACUUUUUAUUAAAAAGUUCCAUACUUAACUCUUUCAUGCAUCUCUUUGCACUUUUGUUGUUGAUGCUGGUGAUGGUUUAGAUGACAGUGGCAUUGAUGAUUAUCAUACUGACAUUGAUUAGGAUUUUUAUGAUGCUUUUGGUGCCAGAAGUUCACUUAUGUUGUUUUCUUCUGUCCAGGUCUUGGUCAAUUUUACUCAAACUCUUAGAUGUGUGUUGCUGUAGACUGUAACAUUCAAACAUUAGUCAUUGAGUUUGAAGUACCAGCAGAACAACGUGACCUAGACACUAACAGAUAACUGAGUUUGAAAAUGGAGCUAACUUUAGACUCUGACCACCAUGCAUGCAUUUACUCACUGAGUACAAAGGUGAAGAAGGCAAAAGAGUAAAAUACUCAAUCGCAGUUUAAAAAAAUAUCACUCAUGAGGCUCUUCAGAUUUUACGCCUGCUUCUUCCUGAAAGUGUUUAUUUCUCUACAGUAAUUUUGAAAUAAUGACAACUGUCUCUCCAAAUGCUGCUGCUUCACCAACAGCUGAUUUUGUACAUUAAAACAACAUAACAGACAUACAUGCACAACAUGUACUGCCUUUCAAUAAUAUGCGAUAUAUUUGUGAAUUAAUCAUCUUUUUUAGCUGGUCAAAUUCCUGUUAUUCAAGGUGCAUCAUACUGAGAAAUGAGAGGGAAAAACCCAGGUAAUAAUAUGUUUUCUGGGAAAACAGCUCAGCGUGCACAGAGCUGCUGUGCUCUGGUUACACAGGCUGACUGCCUGGGAGCUACUAUUUCCAUCAGGCAGCAGCAGCAGCCUCCUAACAGCUGCUCUCUCAAGUACUGUGUAAUCUAGGAAUUCACUACUCUGCUAUUAGUGGAACACAAUGAAGCCCCGUCGCUAUGAAAACCAGAUAAACCAUGCAUGGCACAAACAGCCUGGGAACACUUGGGUCACUGCAGAUGAAUGAAAACAGCAAACAGCUUCAUGUUCCAUCUGCAGGUUUGAAUGUGCCAAAGAAAAACCUUCACAGCUCAGAUUAAAGGGUCAUUUCACAUCAGUUUGAACUUGAUGUGAAAUGACCGUUUGAACUUAUUUUGAACAUAUCAGAUCUGUUACUGAGUUGAUUUUAUUCAGCAAAAUCUGAUCACUUCAUUCACUACAGAAGAUUCUCUUUAAGAUUUAAUGAUCAUGUGAAUGUGCUAAAGGAGCCGGUAACUUGUUUUCAUUUUAUUUAUUACCGAGUAAAAUCUGCAUUUCUUUUUUGAAUGACAAGAUAUAGACUUCUCAGGAUAAACUUCAAAUUAUGUCAAAUCAACAAUAUGCCUGUUUGUUUAAAUUCAACCUAAUGUCUUAAACUCUCAGUUUUUAAAGAAAUAGCAUCGGGGCAUCAGCUUUUAAGUGCAGUACUUGACUUCUGCGGUUUCAGAAAUGUGUGCGUCAGUCUGUUGUAGGAGAUGCAGCAAACAGCUUUGUUGUGUUUAAUGUGCAGAUUUUGUGUACAAAUAUCGACCACUGCGUGAGCUGACUAAAACCCAAGAACUGUUUUUUCAAAUUCAUCUCACACUUUUGUUCGUCACCUUAGGUUCAUCUGUUGGGUUUAAUUUAAAGCUCUCAUUAGAAGUUUUUUUAUGUGGCAAAAAUAGACCUAAUAUUAGGCAGUACUAUUAAUACCUCUUUAUGAUGUGAUAGUUGUAAUAUUGUAAUUAUUUAUGCCUGAAUCGAGAGUGAGGGUGUCAAUACUAGCUGCACAGCUGCAGAAAUGACUGUUUUUACCAUUUCCACAUAAAAUAUUCACAAUGAAUGAAGUUUACUUGGCUUUUAAUUUUAUAAAACCAAAAAAGGGUCCACUUGAUCUGUCAUACUGUUGUUUUAAACUAGAUUUUUUAAGAUAUUGAGAUAUACAUUUUGUAUCGUGAUAUCACAUGAAAAUAUAUCAAUAUCUGUAAUCCAUUAUAUUUUGUAUUAUUAUUAUUAUUAUUAUUAUUAUUUUAUGAUGAGCUCUUAAUCAAUGAUUGUAUUAAAGCACAAAUGUUGGGUGCAGCUUUUAACCUGGGGAAAUGAUACAUGUGAAAAACUGAUAAACUGAUCUCAGCCCUUCUAUAUUAAAACUGUCAGUGACAAUUUUUUUAAGAAUCACCUGAACAAAAAAGAUCAACUUCAGCAGAAUCUAUUUCAGCAUGUCUCUGAUUAUGAACAAGUACAAGUUGUUUUUACGUGAGAGGAAAAUUCUGAAAAAUUCAAUAAAAGUAAUGAUUAUUCCAAACACAGAGCUAAAUGAUCAGUUUGGACACUUUAUUUCUAUUCUGUUUUGUUUACAGGUGUCAAAAAAGAUGAGUUUUUGGUCCUGCCAGAGAAAGAAAUGAUAUUUAGAGGCAACAGAGCACCAUCUUCUGGGAUGCUGUGAGAAUGCAACAAAGUGUUUGAGAGAUAAAGGAAAUAUCUUUGACAGCUUGUGCUGCUCAUAAGUUACUGAAGUACUUCUUUUUCUGUAUUUUUAGUGUAAAUAUAAACUUAAAUUUCCCCUCCCAGACUAACGAUAACUUAAAAAAUGCCACCAGAUAUCAAGCCAUGUAAAAACAAACUGGGACUUUGAAACAUUUACAACUUUGAGUCCUCUCAGCUGUGGUUUCUGUACUUUAUCAUUAUUCUCCGUCCUGGUAUCCCUCAGUCUUCAUGUCAUUCAGGCCCAGGUCCUCAUUCUGCUCAAACGUGCGGGUGUACUUCUCCACGGACAUCUCAGGAUCUGGAUCAGGUGCAUACACAUUCUGAAGGUAGCUGUUUCCUGCCGGGUCAUCCAGGACAAAGUGGACUUUCAUUUCUCCAGCUAUGACCUUGUCCAGUGUCUCUCCAAACUCCACCAGUUUCUGUGUGCGGUCUGAGCUGCCACUGUCCCCGCACACAAAGGGGUUUCUGGACACAAUCAGGUCUUUGACAUCCUUCAGGAGCCCCUCCAGAGUGGUGAAUUUCCCACCAAGAGCCGCCAUCCCCAGCUCAAACUCCAGCUCGGGGAUCAUGAUGGAGCAGGUCUCUGACUUGAGCACGUCUCGGGUCAUGUCUGAGGGGUCAGUGAUGUUUAGGGUGAUUUUGGUGCCCAGCUCCUCAGUGGCCCCUCCAGACUUCACCUCGUUGGUCCGGUGACCACAGCUGUCGCAGUUUGUUGCCAUGAUGAUGACCUCCUUGAAGUGCGGGAUCUGGACCAGCUUCAUGUUGGUGGAGGCAGGUGCGUUGCAUUCUGGGCAGUUUGUAUCAAAGACCAAAACCUCAUUCCUCAUGGUGUCCAGGUCAUUUAGAGCUGGCUCUUUGUCGAAGUCGUCAUCAGCUCGUAUUCCCAGCAUCAUGUCCUGCUGCGCUGACCGGGUGAAGCGGGUCACUGUGAGAUCCUCAUCCUUUUGGGGGGCCAAUGGAUUCUCCACAAAACUGUUCCCAGAUGGAUCCUCAAUCACCACAGUGAACUCAUCCUCCACUUCUUUUAAUUUCCUCAGUUUCUGGAUGAAUUCCUCAAUCUUCUCGGCCACCUCAGGGUCAGUGGCUCUCCUGAUGGGCUGGUCUUGCUCCAGUCCUGCGACAGCCCGGUCCAAAAGCCCCUCAAUGGUGGACAGGGCACCUUUCUGGGUGAAGGGAGGGAUUUCAAACUCCAGCUCAGGGAUCCUUGUUGUAGCGCUAUCUGCUUUGACCACCUCCCGGUUUAAGUCCUGUUUAGACUUCACUUUGAGUGAGUAGGAGACUCCCUGAUCCUGGAUACGCCCUGCGGACUGGAUCUCUGUGUCUUUCCAGCUGCAGUGAGGGCAGCUGAAUGAGCUGACGAUGAUUUCUUUAAAAAACGGGAUUUUAGUGAGCAGUAAGCGGGUGGUACCGUUCUGGUGACAGUUCAUACACAUGCUCUCGAUCUCUGUGGGCUCCCAGUCCGCGUCCUCAGCGCCUAGAUCCUUAAACACGCUCCCUCCUCGGACAUUUUCCUCGGAUAUAACCGACAUUCUCACCUGGAAUAUGUUCCCUUUCUGUGGAGAGCCUGUUUCUACGCGUUGACAACUCUCGAAAGGUGGACUGAGAUGGACGUUUCUAGAAACAACCCGUCUUCAAAUGCACACGAGCACGUUUGACGACUCCUCUGUUUUGUAAAGCCACUUCCGUAUGUUAUCUUCUUCUACGAUGCUGUAAACCCCUGGCGUUGCUGUUGCCUCAUCUGGUGGCCUCCGGUACAGCGGCAGUAAAACGGCUGCUGGCGAUCACAGUAGAUGGUUUAGGGUUUAUGAUCAUUUUGGCACCAUGUUUUACCAUCAAGCUGCUUUUGGAGAUUGUGUGUGUAAAAAUAUUUCACAGAACACAUCGUAUUUUAUAAAACACAACAAUAUUUAAAACGUUUCAUGCAAGUAUAUUUUUACGAGGCAGGAAAGCCUAUGGAAAAAGUAUUUAAUUAUAUACAACAUUUUACAAAAUGCAAAAAAAUAAAAAAUAAAAAUAGACAUAAAAACGUUUUACAAAAGAACAAAAAAAAACCUAUUACAAAAAGAAGUUAACACAAGGCAAAAUAUGUUUGCAAAAUACUUCUGCAUUUAUUGAAAUAUUUUUGGCAUAUCAUGAAUAUGUGAGAUCAUUUUGGCAUUUAAUGAAAUACUCAUAUUCAGGGAAAUAUUUUUUGGCAUUAAGUGAGAUUUUUUUUGGCAAUUUAGGAAUUUUUUGGCAAUUUGUGACAUAUUGUUGUAGUAAAUGAAAUAUUUUUGCAUUGAAGGAAAUAUUUUUUGGCAUUUGGUAAAGCAUUUUUGUGUUUAGAGGAAUAUUUUUUGGCAUUCAGUGAGAUGCUUUUGCUUAAUCAACAUUUUUUUGGGUGUUUAUCUAAAUUUAGUAUUUUACAGAAAUGUUUUGAAUGAAAAAAAUGUUUUUUUGUUUUGUUUUGUUUUUGUUUUUUCUCUGUGGUUGUGGUCUAAAUGUGCAGUUGUUCUUCGUGGCCACUAAAAUCCAGAAUAUAUCGCAGGAUUUUAUUGUAGUCAUUUCUGUUAAUAGUUUUGGUAAUUUUAUGUGAGGAAAAAUUUGAUUAUUAUUUUGUUAAUGUUAUCUUGACCCCCCCCCUUUUUUUAUUUUUCUGAAGCCUUUUAGAUCUCGUUUUAAAUUUUGUAAUGCAACACUUAAAUGAUCACUUUAGCAAAAAAAAAAAAUAAUAAUUCUUCAUUUCAUCCAAACAAGUCACCCAAUCACGCAGCUGAUCUUCUGAUUCUGUUUUUUCACCAUGUCCCCCACAGCUAUUUAUCCAUAGUCAAAGGAAAUGGUGCUCUUCCCCCAGAGGACCGACUGCUGAGGUUUCUGGUUGACAACAAUGCAGAUGCUGAGGAGAUGGUGCAGUGUGCAAACUGUGACCAAGAAAGCAGCAAAAAGGUGAGACUGACUUAAACAUUCAAAAGUCUUAAUGACUUUUUGUAGACAUCAAAAAUAUAUGGACAGUUAAGUGUGUCUAAAAAGCCUUCACAACACAAAAUCACAGAAAUUGAGGCAUUACAUGAAAUUUGAACUCUGGUCUCACAUGAAACCAGACUUCUCUGCUUUCUCUAUAUAAUUUCUUUUCAUUAUUCUCUCUGCUCAUGCAUACAGGAUGCUGGGGUGAUGUAUUUCUGUAACACCUGUAACCAGCCUCUGUGCAGCACCUGCAGAGAGCUGACCCACAAAGCCAGGAUGUUCUCGCACCACGAGAUCGUCUCUUUGGCCAAACGCACCAAAGCCAAACACAGAAACUGCUGUAAGUAGGCUACUACCUGAAUUAACAUAUCUAAAAAUCCUGUUCAUGAGGUUUGUGGUUUCUCCUGUUCUCUGCUCUAUUUUCCUGAGGAGAUAGGUAACAUGGUAGCAUGGUUAAAAGCUAAAAGGUGUCUCCGUCCCUACAGCUCUCCACGACGAGCCGUACAUCCUCUUCUCCAAAGAGAAGAAGUCCAUGCUUUGCAUCAAGUGCUUCAGAGACACACAAGUGUGAGUAAAUCUCUUUUUUCCAAUUAUACUCUCACUUUGUGAUGUUCCUCUCUUGUCUUCUCUGCAAAGUAAUCUUGUUCUGCAAUUCAGGGAGAGCAGGACUCACUGCAUUGACAUUGAGACGGCGUACGUGCAGGGCUGUGAGAUGCUGGACCAGGCCGUGCUGGUGAGACAGAAAGAGAGAGCGAGAGAGAGAGUCCAGUCUGUUCAUCUGCACGUUCAACAUCAUGAAUAAUUCACACACUCAGCGCUGUGAUGAUAUUGUGCAAAGUGAUUCAGGUUUAUCACAGAGCAAUUUGAAUACAUAAACAUAUGAAUGAGGACUGUUUGUUCUGUAAUAUUAGAAGCACUGCUGAAUCAAAAUCAAAUAUUUUCUCUGCACGAGCCAGAAUUUCAUCUUCAUGGACUGAAAUGAUCAUGAGCUGACUGCUCUGCUUUUAAUAGUCAAUUUCAAAAUCAUACAAAAGAGUUUAAUUGCAUACAAAGCUUUUAUUCUUGAUUUAGUGUUAAUUUUUCUUUUUAACUCCAGGACGCUCGUUUAUAAAGAGCCUUAAAGAUAAACUUCUUCAUGCACAAUUAUAAAGCACAUUGUUAUUGAAUAGAUAAUGCUGAGUACACUGUGUCAUUUUGUACAUUAAGUUAAGGCUCAAAAUGGUCAAAACAAUGCAGAGUCAGACAUGUUAUUAGUUUGAAAAAUGAAAACUUGACCAGAAAUUUGGUGGUUCAGUAAGUGAGAAGUUCUUCUUAUGUUUAGUGAGCUUUGUCUUUAAAGGAACACUCUGUGAUUUUGUGCAUUACGAAUUUUAAUGAUGAAUUAUUUUGUUUUUGAAAGCAGUCUAACAUUAAAAUUCAAACAAAGUUGCAACACAGGAAUGAUAAUGGGAAUAUUUCACAAUGUCGUUGCACCAGUGCACUGGGGGGCCUCGCAUGCCCUGAAUUCUGAAAAAACAGCAGAAGUGCCCUUUUGGAUGCUCCAGGUCUAGAUAACACAUUUUUAAACACCUUAUCUAAAGCCUCUUUUAUGGAGAAUACAUGAAAAACAGCUUCAGAAGCUGUUUUUUCUAAAGCACGAAACAUGGCUUAGUGCCCUCCGGAUUCCCAAUCAGACCAUCACACAUACAAAAGUCCCCUGUGAAUGGUCCUCUGCUAUAAAUGAUGAAAAAAAAGUGCCCUCUAGAUGCCCUUUCAGUAUCUAAAACAUUAAAACAGGGCCCUCUAGAUACCUGUUUUAGUAUAUAAAAUAUUGAAAAGAUGUCCCUUCAGUAUACAAAACUUAUAAAGUUCCCUCUUGAUGCCUCUCCAGUAAAUAAAAAGUGAUAAGGUGCCCUUUUUGGUAAUUUAGGUUUUUCAUAGUCUAUGUUUUGUUGACUUUUAAAAUUGAAAUUCAAGGGGUAAAUUAAUUUAUUUAUACAAUUUGAUUUAUAUUUAAAGUCACUUAGAAGAGCUUUUGGUUUGUUUUGAUUUUGGCGGCCCCUGUGGACAAAGGGAUUUUUUUUUAAUCUGUUGUCCUAAUCACGUGUUUUCAGACAAAAAGCUUCUCCUGUUAGAAAAAGCACAAGAAACUGUUUAUGAGACUUUAUCUUAAACAGCUCUCCGUCUUUGACUGUUUACAUUCAUGGUGUCAUAUAAACCCAUGUGGCUCGUGUAUAUAAAUCAAUUUGCGUGCUGAACAAUGAUUACUACAACAAUUAUAACUGAAAUCAUAAGUAACAUGCUUUUUCUUUGUUUUUGAGGAGUUUUGCAGCUGCAUUUCUGCUGAGCUAUGACUAAGAUGUGCCACAGUCUGUAGAUUUCCUCUGGUUAUAGACUCUAUCUUGGCUAAUAAGUGACAAAGCAGCAGCAAGCAUGACACUUUACUGACAGUGAACCUCCUCUGUCUCCUCCUCCUCUUCCACCCGCUCCUCUUCGGUCUGUAGGUGGUGAAGGAGCUGCAGACUUCAGCUCGAGAAGCAAUUGUUCUGCUGAGAGCAAUGAUUGGAGAAGUGUGUCUGAAUGUGGAGGAAGAGGAGAGUGCGAUCUGUACUCUGUUCAACAGCCUGCAGGUUGUAUAAUGAUGCUGAUGGGUUCGUUUUUUUGUCUCCUAAACUCCCAGUGUGGACAAAACAAACCCACAAAAUCGUAGUUGACAUCUUAGUUUAAAGUGAAAGUGCAAUAAAAAACAAAAACAAAAGAAAAAAAAGAAAGAAAGAAAAUUAACAUUAAAAAUAAAUAUAUUUCUGGCUUUCAUGUGCAGUGAGUGUGUCUCUGUGUUAGCACCUGCACAGCUGUGCCACUAGAGGUCUCUGUCAUACUGAUUUUGAGCUCUGAGCAUGCCUUUUUGUUUGCAUACUGAAGAAUUUACUCCUUUACUUUCUGCACAUUGUUGAAAAUUCAUCAGGUAUUAGAGAGAUCAAGGCCGUUUUCACAGCAGUGAGAGGAAUAAAAGAGGUUGAUCUGUUCUCUUUUCUUUUCUUCUGUAAGGAGAAACUAGCAGAGAGGAAGAGGAUGCUGCUCAAAGCCGCUCAGAGGUAAAAGGAAACAUAUCAGCACUUACAUUGUGUCACCAAAUGAAAGACUUUUAUCAUGUUAUAGUUUCCCAUAAUACUGUUUGUACUCAGAGUGAUGAAUAAAAGCUCUCUGAAUAAUACCCACCCCUCACCAAAUACAUUUUCUUUAGUGACUUUCUUUGCAGGCUGAAUUAAAAACCAGGAGGAUUACAGAUUAGAGACGGUGGUUUCCAAUCAGAAAACCUGCAGCCAAACAGAGACGUUAAAAUACAAAGUAUGGAAAUUAUAGACUUUAUGAAGAACAGUAGCUGCAGGAAACCCUGGACUCAGACCACCCUGAAUACCUGCACAUAUACCCCCAUGGUACCCCUCAUGUGGUUUAUAAUGAGCCUUAUAGGAGGUGGUCUUGAAAGUAGUCUGACAAACAGUCUUUAGCUGCGAUAAUUCAGCUCAUGUUUCUGCAGUGUGCUUAAAACAGGUAAAUCAAAGUUUUCCUCCAUGUCUCACACAAGUAAAUUCAGCUGAGGUAACUUAUUUUAAGAGCAUGAUCCUAUUUUCUUUGUGAUAUUAGGUGUGUUUUCUUUAGCAGACUGCAGAAAACUCAAUUACUAAGUGUUUAUUUAUUUAUUUAUUUAUUUUUAUUUUAUUUCCAAUGUUCCAGUUUUUUCAACAUAAACAUAAACAUACAACCCAAAUACAUUUUAAUAUAUUGGCAACCUUUUUUUUUCAAACUGGGGGAAUUUCAGCCACUUUUUUCUUGUAAUAAUUAAAAUUGAGAUGUAACACUAAGAUAUUUUGACCAAAAAUAAAACAGACUUGGACAAUUUGAGACCCGUAAUGCAUUUAAGCCUUUUUCUACACAUUAAAAAGAAAACUUGAAUCUCUCUUUCAUAUCGUCUUUCACUUCUUUGUAGUGAAAAUGUACCUGUAUCAAUUGAAUCUGAUCUGAAUUACCUGCAUCCAUAUACAGCCAGAUCUUAACCUCCUGCCAAGUGUUUUUAUCUAAUUUGCAUUAAAAAGUCUAGUUACAUUAAAUAAAAGCAACUUUGACCUGAAAGCUCCUAAUAUUAUUACAGCACAAUGUUAUAUAAUCUGAUAUAAUCGGUUGCUCGUGAUGGGUAAAAAUAUCUACCAGUGCAUUGAAUCAAGUUUUCUGGUUGAAUUUGUAAAAAGAUAUAUCCUACCUGAGGCUUUUAUUUAUGAUACGAUAUGAUAUGAUAUGAUACAAUAAGAUACGAUACAAUACUAUACGAUACGAUAUGAUUCAGUUGAUGUAGUUGUUUUCUGGACAAUCACUGUUCCUAAAAACAGUGAUAUGAGACUCUGAUAAACCUACAGUGAAAUUCUUAUAAAACUCAAAUCUUACUGAGUGCAUUUGUAAAAUUUCUUGUGAAAUAUCUUAUUAUGGUUGAUAUGAGCUGUUUGUACCUGAAAGAUAUCAAUGUUGUCUUAAGACACUGCAAGCCAAAAGUAAAAAUCGAAUGAUUAUGAUGACUUAAAAUGGCUGCACUGGAAAGUUUCUUAGAUCAAAUGAGUGCUUAUUUUUGCUUGUAGAUCACUGAUAUAAGACUCAUGUCCCCAUUUAUCAGUUGGAUAUUGCUUAUCUGAAGCAGGAUAAAAUGUUGUUGCUGAGAAAGGAGAGAAAUUCACUCAGUAAGACUUGAAUUUUCCGCAGUGAAAGGAGAAUAUAAACUGAAAAAGACAAAAAAAAAUCAAAACCCUGAAGAAUUCAUAUGUGCCAAAUGCUCUUUUAUUAAAAUUCAGCAAAAUAAUGGCUGCAAAACAGAGCAUCAGAUUCAAAGAACAACAUUUUGAGCAUGUAAUGUGAAAAAAAUCCAUACAUUUGCAGAAAACUUGUGAAACUAAUUUUAUUUGCAGUUAAAAAAUAUACUUCAUCAAAUAAAAAGUGUAUUGAUAAAGAUAAAGCUGUAAUGUAAAGAAAAAUCCUUCAUUUUUGAUAAUAUUUCUCUCUCUUUCAAAGCUGACUUGUUGCAUAUUUAACUCUGUUUAGCAGUGUGCAUGUUCAGAAAGAAAAUUGUAAAGUGAUUAAAAAUGUAGAAAUGAUGAAAACAGGAAAAUGAAAUCUGUUGAUGUAACAACACAGAAGUAGAAAGCAGCCACUGAAAUAAUGACUAAUGUAACAGUGUCCCCUCAGCAGCCAUUAAAGUUUGAUUUAAUGUCACUAAUUAGUCUCCUGAAAAAAUGAGUGCACAUCAAUUUCAAUUUAAUAUAAGAGCAUAAAAACCUGUGUCUCUUCUCUGUGUGUGAUCCUGAAAACUUCUUUUUUUACAGAGAGGAGGAGCUGAAAAUGUGGAAAUCAGAGUGGGAAUGAUGUUGGUGUGUACAUGUGUGAGUGAAUGGGUGUGAGAGAGAGAGAGAGAGAGAGAGAGAGAGAGAGAGAGAGAGAGGGAGAGAGAGAGAGAGAGAGAGAGAGAGAGAGAGAGAAAGAGAGAGAGAGAGUGUGUAUCGUAUUGCACUCUGUGGGAUCUUUAAUGAGAUUUUUGUGCCCGCUGCCCUCUCUCUCUAUUUCUCUCUCUCUCUGUUGUUGCCUGGAAGUUGUCCAGUGGCUGUGUUCCCGGAAAGGUGUUAAAGUCUAUUUAUAUGUUGGUCUUUGUGUGUGUGUGUGUGUGUGUGUGUGUGUGUGUGUGUGUGUGUGUGUGUGUGUGUGUGUGUGUGUGUGUUUGAUACUCAGGGAGAAGACAGAUAGAUUAGCUUCUGGAAAUAUGGAGUAUGUUGUUUGUGGUUGCACCUCCUGAGCCGGGUCCUCUGAGGGUUUCAGCAGGCAAGGAUGUGAAGAUGUAGUGUUUCAUGUGUGUGUGUGUUUGUGUGUGUUUGCAGUCAACAUGAGGAGAAGGAGAAAGCGCUAACGGAGCAGCUCUCACACCUCACUGCCCUCCUGCCAACCCUGCAGGUAAAGUUCAGACAUGAUAAUUAGUCACCAAAGCACUUUUGUUGACGCGUUUUCCUCCAAACUCUGUUGAGUGAAGAUUAUUAAGAUUUGUUAAAUAGUAUGAGAUCUUAACUGAUAGUCAAUAUGGUUUUAGACCAAAUUGAUCUCCAUCUUUGGCUCUAAUUGACCUUGUGGAAGAACUAACUACCAGCAUUGAUGACAAGAAGUUCGCCAUAGGUGUAUUUAUUGACCUUAAAAAAGCCUUUGACACAAUUAAUCAUCAGAUUUUGUUUCAAAAACUGGAAAGGUAUGGGAUUAGGGGAAUAGGGCUCAGUUGGAUAAAAAGCUAUUUAGAACAUAGACAACAGUUUGUGCAGAUAGGAGAGGAAAAGUCAAUGCUCCUUAAUAUAACCUGCGGUGUACCACAAGGAUUAAUACUGGGACCAAAAUUAUUCAUAUUAUACAUAAAUGAUAUUAUCAAAACUUGAUAAUAACUAAAAACUAAUAUUUUAAAAUUUGUAAUUUUUGCAGAUGACAUAAAUAUCUUUUGUAAAGGACAGAACCUCCAACAGCUGUUAAAGACUGUCUCUGAUGAACUAGCUAAGCUAAAACUGUGGUUUGAUUUAAAUAAAUUAUCUCUCAUUAUAAAGAAAACUAAAUUCAUGAUUUUUGGGAAGCGAGCCGGCAAAAUUCCAGUAGACUCAACCAUUGAAGUACUAUGUGAAAACACCAGAUUAGAAAGAGUUUAUGAAAAUUCCCUCCUGGGAGUAAAAAUUGACCACAAUCUCAGCUGGAAACCACAAGUCAAACACAUUUGCUCUAAAUUGGCGAAGACUAAAGUUAGACACAUACUGAACCAGAAAACAAUGUACAUUCUAUACUGUUCGCUUUUCCCCCCUUAUUUGUCCUAUUGUGCUGAAGUGUGGGGUAAUACCUACAAAUCCACCCUAAAGACAAUAUGCAUCAUGCAGAAAAAGGCAAUAAGAAUAGUUAGCAAUGUUGGCUAUAAGGCACACACAAAUGAUUUAUUUUUAAAAUUACAAAUAUUAAAAUUCAUGGAUAUAGUGGAUUUCAAGACUACACAAAUUAUUUACAAAGCUAAAAACAAAUUAUUGCCUAAUAAUAUACAAAAAUGGUUCAAAGAAAGAGAAAGUGGUUAUAACUUAAGACGGAGAGGGAAUCUCUUACAAUCCAAGGUGCACACUACACUUAAAAGCAUGUGCAUAUCUGUCAAUGGGGUGAGGCUGUGGAAUAAUUUGCCUGUAACGAUCAAAGAAAGUAAAAACAUGGCUCAAUUCAAAAGGCAGUUUAAAAUUCUCACAUUAAAAAACUAUAACAAUUGAGGUGAAGGCGGGACAAAUGUCUCAUUUCCACUUUAAGAGGGUGUACUGAAUCGUUUAGCCAUAAAGUCUCCAUUUUUUUUUCUUUAAUUCCUUUUUUACAUAUUUUCAUGUAUUAUUUUUCCGGUAUAUGGUGUUUUUUAUUUCCAGAACUAACUACUUCUGAUGAAUUAAGACUUCCUCAUUUGGAGAAAUGGCGGUACUUUGAUAAAAUAAACAGUACCCAUGUUAAAAAAAAUUAAGAUGUAUAAAAGGGGAAGGUAAACAAAAGUUAGCUUCUUCCCUCUGCUUUUUUGAGCAUGUAGAAACCUUUUAUUUAAUUGAUUUUCUGUGAGAAAUAUCAUUUGAAAAAUGCUUCCUUGUUGAUUCUCAUGUUCAAAAAUAAAUUUCAUUUCAUUUCAUUUCAAAAGAUUAUUAAGAUAAAACCCAAAGAUCACAUCAAUGACCAGGUAAAUGUUCUAAACAGAUUAAGUUCAUAUAAAGUUCUUCAGCAGUAAAAUUUCAGAUAUACAGGAUUUAUUCUCUGUGACUGACGCAAUUAUUCAGAAGGUUACUCGCUUCCUGAACUACUGACUCACUUACUAACUUUGCUAAUUAAUCAGGUACUUAGUUACCAACUUCCUUCCUUCCUUUCUUAGUAAUUUCCUAGAUUACUUACAUACUGACUAACUAUCUGCCUAAUUUACCUACAAACCUCCUUCCUUCCUUCCUUACUGACUUGCUCAUUUCCUUACUGACUUACCAACUUACUUGCUUACUGACUAAGUAACUAACUUAUUGACUGAGUAACUUACUUCCUUCUUUCCUUACUUAAUUAUAGUGUUUCUCCCUUCCUUACUAACUCAUAAAUUCUCUUCCUUACUGACUCACUUACUUCCUCUCUGACUCACUAACUUCCUUACUCACUCAUUUCCUUCCUUCCUUACCGACUUACUAACUCCCUUGCUUCCUGGCUAGCCUUCUUUCUUCCGUACUGACUUACUAACUCCGUUCCUUUAUUACUGACUUACUAACUCCCUUUCUUUCUCAAUGUCUCACUAACUUGCUUACUUACUGAUUCAUUUACUUUCUUCCUUACUGACUCACAAACUCUCUUCUUCACUGACUCACUUACUUCCUUUCUUACUAUCUCACUUACUUCCAUUCUUACUGACUCACUUCUUACUAACUCUAUUCCUUACUGACUCAUUUCCUUCCUUCCAUAUUAACUUACUAACUCCCUUCCUUUCUUAAUGACUCACUAACUUCCUUACUUACUUACUGACUCACUAACUCUCUUUCUUACUGACUCAUCUACUUUCUUCCUUACUGACUUAAGAACUCUCUUCCAAACUGACUCACUUCCUUCCUUCGUUACUGGCUAGUCUUUUUCCUUCCUUAUCGACUCACUUCCCUCCUUACUUACUGACUUACUAACGGCCUUCCUUAUCAUCUCUUUUUAGUGCAACCUAACUACCUUACCCACUUGCUUACUUUUUAAACACUUUGGUGGUGAUCCAGGGGUUUUGCCAGGGAUUGCUCUGGUCCCACAUGAAAUCUGGUUUACCUGCCGAGGUGCCCUCUCAAAAAUCCUUUAUCAUGAUUUUACUCUUCUGAGGUGGGACAGACAUUAAAAUGAACUGUUGUGUUAAAAUUGUGACUAUGUUAUAUGAGGCUGUUACUAUGAAAGUUAGCUUCACCUGUGUUAGAGAUCUUGUGGAGCUGCUUUAAUAAACUGAGAAGUUUGUGUCGAAAAUAACUCCCUGUGAUAAAUCUGAGAGGUCUUUGGAUGAUUAACAAGAAAAAACAAAACAGUCGAGUUCCGUAAAAAAAUCACUUUAUUUUUUAUGUCUCUUAUGAGAAAUAUUGCACAUAUAAAAACUUUGUUGGUCGACGUUCAGAGCUGCUUAUGCAGGAUACACUUGAUGCUGUUUAAUCUUAAUCUCAGUCUGAUGACGUCUCAUAUUCCCUGCAGCUUGUUUAAAAUCCUCUCUUUUGAUUUCUGAUGUUUUUAGGUCCACCUCGUCACCUGUUCGGCCUUUCUGAGCUCCGCCAACAAGUUUGAGUUUCUGGACAUGGGUUACGUGAGUGCAGACAUGUCAAGAAGGAACAGUUUUAAAUAUUAUUGAACUUUUUAAAGGUUUUCAUGAGUAGAGAUUUUUUUAAGUACUCUAGUUGGGAACAAAAGAAGUCAUAGGAAGGUGAGUACACUUUUAAGAAUUUAACUCUGAAGCCAUCUCCAGUGAUUUAAGAUUCAUGCUGAGAGGUUAGGGGACCGGUUGGACAAAACUGGUGUGUAAACAGUCUGUCUGUGUCGUGUGUUGGAGGUGAAACAGGUCACUGAUUCACACCCGGAUGUUCUUGCUUACGCAGCAACUCAUGGAGCGUCUGAAGAGGAUCGUAAAGCUCCCUCAUCGACUGAGACCGGUGCAGAGCAGCAAAGUGAGUCCGAGCAGAAGUCAUGUAGAGCUGCAAAAGGUUAGACUACAAAUGCAAUCCAAUGCAGUCAGCUGAUGAGUAUAGUUUCACUUGUUCCCAGAGCAGCUUCACCAGAUUUUCAUAUGAGGUCCAAAAGCCCAGAACCAAUUUUCCUCCAAAGACAGACGAGCUCCUGGAGGUCUGAUAGAAACUUUAUUUAUCAGAAACUUCAUUUAUCAGAGACGGCACAUAAGUAAGACCUGUAUGAGCAGGUUAAAGUUGGAGCUGAAUAAAGAAAGGAUAAAGGAAAAGGCAGAAAAUAAAAGCAUAUGUAAGAGAGGAUGGAAAAUGAGAGGGAACCUAACAAGAAAAAAAAGAAAAGAAAAAAUAAAACACGAAAAAACAAAGUGAACAUUACAACUAAACUAGACUCCCUCAGGUCUACUUCAGUCAAGGUCCAGGAAGGUUCAUUUUUAGUCUGGAGUAUUCCAGUUUUUCUGAUUGCUGAAGUGUUUUUCUGUUUCUAUAAAACAUGAAAUUUACUACACAGCCAAACAGUCAGUUUGAAGGAGACUCAAUUUCACCUUCUAUUUUCUCAGUCUGGGACUCAUUUAAAGUAGCUGUGUGUGAUUUUGCAGCUCAAAAAAGUCCUUAUUUAUCUGACAUACUGGUUUAGUGAAAAUUCUUGUUCCAGCACUCUGUAGCCACUGCCUGAAACACUUUGAUUUAUGAGCAACAUUUAUGAAUAAUCAUGAUAUUAAACUUUAUAUGACACAAAAGAGAAAAAAAGAGAAAUAUGAGUAAUAUAUUGGAUGUAAAAGAUGUUAAAGUUCAGAUGAAAUAAUCGUGACUUAACAACAUAGGAGAUAUGAUAAAUAGAUAAUUAGAUACAGAGAUAGAAUGGUAGAAUAAAUGAGAGAGAAAUAGAAUAAAAUAAAGUCAUAGACUGCAAAAAAAAACAAGUUAAAACGAUGAAAGGAGAAAGUUAAACUUUUUACACAGCGUUGUUUUCAUGAAAUAAUGAUGAUGCUAUCUCUUCAUUUUAUUUCAUUUUAGCAAUUUUCCAUCAGCUGCUGUUCUGAUUUUACUCACAGUUUUCAUGGAAGACCUUUAUAGAUGGAACAGGACCAGGUUUUAGUAACAGUUGGGACACAAAUGAACCUCAUACUGACCACAAGCAGCUUUGUUUUGGCUGCUGUUGAGCAGAAAAUGAGAAAAAUUCCUGCUGUUUUUAGGAGUCUUUGAAACUGGAAACAAAAGAAGACUUACAAGAAACUUUUUGAGACCUACUGAAUUAACAAAGUGCAGAGCAGGAAAAAAGCUUAGCGCUUUCAACACAAGGGAAUCAUUUGAGAAAGUGACAAAGACAAAUCUGUUCAAGAGGGGUUAUUGUGUAACACAGCAUAUGGUUUUUGUAUUUCUGUUGUCCUUCAGAUCAACACAGACUACAGGAGUGAGUUCGCUCGCUGUCUGGAGCCUUUGCUGCUCCUCGGCCAGCACUGCCCUCCAUCUGUUUCUGGACUUACAGGUGCUGCAACAAGGUGAGAUCAUUACCCUGCUGCCAGAUAACAUCCACAUGUCAUCAGUGUAGAAUGAUUCCAUCCUCUGAGCCUCCAUCGCUUCAUCAUUACCGCUGCAUGUUCCAGAUCCUUCCAAGAAAUCAGAAAGUCUGGGUUGAAAAUUUCACACUUGUGAAGCAUCCAAAGUUGAAAUCCCCAAAUGGUUUGCAAGUACAGAUGGUAGACGGCGAGGACUGCAGCAAGAGGCGCCACGCUGAGUCCCACUAUGGCAGCCAUUCUGUCUGUCUGUCUGUGAGCUAUGUACUCUGGUAUGUUGACGUAUCUCACCUUGCUGAAUGGAGGUUGAGGAGAAGGCAGCAACCCUGAUUUAGAAAGCUGCGGAUUCAUUGUGGUCAGGCAGGAAACACAGGAUAAGCCGAUGAAAUUUAUCAAUGAGGGAGAGAUGUUUGAGGUUUAGUCUCAUUCAGAGGAAAGUUGCUGCAUUAAAUCAGGAUGUAAAGAUGCUGAAAACAGAAAAAAAAAAAAUUAUUCAGCCAUGCAACACAAGCUUCUAACUUCAUCUUAGAGGAAAAGCAAAUCACCAAUCGAUGAAACUUCAAUUCACAAAAUCUUCUAUCACUGCUGCUCAGAACAAAAGGCUUUGUCCUUUCCUCUCCCAACUGUUCACAGGUCUCUAAGCCCACCCACUAAUGCCAAACAUACUGACAACUCUCUCUUCCAACUUGCUUAGCGCCCUGCCAGUGCAAGAUGCAGAGUGGGCAGCGAUUGGUGGCCGCCCGUCUGGCUGGCUGGUGGGCUGGCAGGCCGGCACUAUUUUUAUCAUAAAUUCACAGAACUCUUCAGGAUUCAUCUGGAAGUUGGCACGCGGGGGCGGCCGGGCCGCUUUGUUCCAGGUGGGCUGCUGAUGUCACAGCUUUGGUUACGGGUGAAGCCUUUAGUUGGCGUCAGAGAUUGGAGGAUGAAGGCUGGGAAGGCAGAGAGGGAGAUGUGGUUUAGACAGGUCUGCUGAUGCAUCAACAUACAGCGAGAAGGAGGAGUAAGAUUGAACCACAGCCCAGGUAAAUUCAACUGCAUAUAAAUUGGACGAAUUUCAACUUUUGCACCAAGUUGCUUUUGCUUUUGCAGUUUUUGAUAUCUGUGGUUGUACAGACAGUGAAGUUGUUACAAAGACUUCAUCGGGAGUGUAGGGCCAAAGAAAUGGAUGCACUCUUGCUGGAAACUUUCCUGUACAAAUAUCGAUCAGGCCAUUGUGACUUUUGAAGAUGAUACUUUCUGCAAAAGGCGAGUAAAUUUAUAACACACAUUUCUGCAGAAUACAGUCUGUUUAAAAUCACAUAAGAAAGGGCCAUUAAAAAUAUAAGAAUAAUUAUGUGAAGGAUUUAGUUUUAACAUGCAGUCCACUGAAUUUUUGAUUUCUGUGGACAAUGCAGCUCCCAAGUGUUUAGAUUUCAAACUUUGACUUAUAGUUUAACUUGAUAAAUUUGAAAUAAAUUUUCAAUAUUUUCUUUCAACAUCUUUUUCUGACAUCUACAAUGAUUAUUUAAAUUUUUUGAAUAAAGCACUUUGGAUUAUUUUGUUGCAGAAAUGUUCUCUCACCUUUAAAUUUUUUUCAUAUCCAGCAUUUUUUUUUCUUGUAGUUAUAAUAAUUUUUGUUCAAAGUCUCAUCAUUUUUAAAGACAGAAGAAGCACUUUGUUGUUGUUGUUGUUGUUGUUGUUGUUGUUGUCAUGCUGAUUGAUUGGAUCAUGUAGAAUGAAAAGCUGCAAUUGUUUUGCAUAAAUUCACAAUAUUUGAAGAAAAAAAAAUUCAGUGAUUAAAAAGCAGAGAGAAGAUCAUAUAAACUCAGCUGUCUUAUUAUUUUAGAUUCAGUCAGAAUCAGAAAUAUAUUAUUCAUCCCACAGAGAAAGUUGUGCAAUCAGUCAAAUCAGUGUGAGACUAUAAAUUAAAAAAGAAAUAAUAUGACGGAUGCAGAUAAGAAACAAGAGAACAAAAGUUAGAAACAUAUAGAGCAGAGUUUGCUAAAUAAACAAUAUGUGCAAAAGGGAAGACUAAAUUGUAUUAAUAUUCUCAAAGUAUUGCUGUAUAGAUUAACUGACAGGGAAAGAUAUUACGUAUUUUAAUCUCGGGUUGUUGACCUUAUAGAUUUAGAAGCCACAACAAUAUCAGUCUGUAUCAGAGGAUCACUAAUGAGCAACAAAUCAGGAUUUAAUGGUUUGUGAAUAAUUUAUACUCCAUAUUUAUUCAAAAUUCAAAAAUUAAAACCACAAACUCAAAAGUUUCACAGACAUAUUCACUCAUUUAAAGUUUGAUGCCAGCAGCAUGUCUCCAAAAAGUUUGGACAGGGACGACAGAAAAGUGAAGAAGUUGUAGAAUAAUGAUAAUCACUUCGAAGAAGAUCUUCCAGCUACAGUACAGGUGCAACAAAUUAGAAACACAGCCGUGUACAAAAAGGGGACUUCAGAGGGUCUGAGUGUCCUGAAAGUAAAGAUGUGAAAAGGUUCAUGUCUUUGUGAGAGCAAAUACUUCAAAAAUUUCAGAUUAAUGUUUUUCAUUGGGGAUUUAACCAACAACAGGGUAAAAUAUUAACAAAACAUUCUUCAAAUCUGAAGAAAUCUGAAAAAAAGGGACAAAGCUGAUAACUGAUACUGGAAGGUUGAGAUCUCAAUUCAUUAAAAACAGGCGUGACUCUGUAGUGGAAAUCACAGCAUGGACUCAAAUCACAGCAUGAAACCACGACUGCUCUAAAGAGGAGAGUGCUGAACAACAAAUGUAGAUUAUGGAACAACAUAAAUUGCCAUCCAGUGACACCUUUUCAGGGACGACCUGCAUAUUUCAGCAAGUGAAAACCAAACCAAGCCACUGUGUGCAUGUAUGACAACAGUGUGGCUCUGUAGGAGAAGAGUCCAGGUGCUGAACUGACCUCUGACUCAUUACUCACUGAAAGCCAGUGUGAGGACCUUCGAAGUUUCUGGGUCUUUAUUGUCUGAGGAGGGAUCGUACUGAAGUAUGCCACCCAUGUGUUUAAGUCUGUUUCUCGUCAUGCUGUUGUGUGAUUCCUCCUCCAUUUCUCUGUAAAAGCUCAUUUCCCCACGUCCUCGCCUCUUUUGUUGGACAUAAACCAAGCAGGGAUUGAUUUGUGUCCAUCUGUUCUUUCUAUCAAGCAGAAGUGAAGUUUUGCAGCUAACUUCUUUUAUGCAACUGCUGCUGUUCGUCCACUCGCUGUUUAUUUAAUUGGUUGUGUUGGGAUACAACCUGCACACUCAGAGGACACACCAUGCAGUCAUAUGGUGAUACACUCACAUAUAGGUUAUUGUUGAGCGGCCUCGGGGCAGUUAUGCUGCUCCAGGCAUGAAGCCAAGGCUGCGGUCCAGCUGGAACAAAGAUAAAUGUGUGUUUAUCUUGUUGUGAUGUGGAUACAUACCUCAACAGUGCUGCUGAAGGUGAUGGAGAAGUGAUUCGAGGGACAGUAUGUGCAGGGAUUUACCUCUGACACAUGAUAUAUACACACAUGCAUGUAACCUUUAUUGAAUCAGUUAGUCUUAUUCAGAUCAGAGGGCCUCUGCUGCUUGAGGUGGGCCCUUAAAGGAGCUUUAAAAAGGUGGAAUUGUGCUCUGAUAUAUUAAAAAAAUUUAACUUACGUUAAAAUUAGGACUGUCUGAUGAUUCUCUUUCAGUGGUGAUAAGUUGAAUUUUCAGGUGGAUGUCUCAAUUCCUAUUAUUUUGCAUUUCAAAGAAGAUUUUAAGUUAGUAUUAACAACAAAAAGCAACUUGGUUUGGAAUUCUUUUAAAUGCAAUAAAAUGUCCUUUAUGUUCUUGAUUUAUUCAUUCUGUAUUCAAUCAAAUGCUGCACCACUGUGGUCUGAGCUUCAAAGUGAUUUACUUUAAGGAUAACGCUGAUACAUAUGAGGAAAUGUUCAGGAGCGCAUAUACAGGAUGUUAUUCCAAGGUAGCUCCCUGAUGUCCAGUGAUCCCUGUUCAAUGCAAAAACAUUUAUAAUUUUCAGAAGUUCCACUUUGGUUGUUUUUUUCUGCAUCUCGUCUUUGUGAAACUGUUGAUUCCUAUGACAGUGAGACUUAUGACCGGACACAACUUCUGUGAUAUAUUAAUUUUACUUGACAUGAAGUGCAUGUUACUUAAGAACCGUCAGCUGAGCUGUCUCUGUGUUUUUUGAGUGGAAUUUGCAGCCCAAAAUAGCAGCGGUAUAAUAACUCUCACUGGACAAAAAAAAGGCAUGAAAAGACACACAAUUUAAAGAAUUAAUGCACUAAAUUUGGACCUCGACUACACUGAGAUUCAAAAACUUAAAUAAAACAGCAUAAAAAAGAGUAAUACAGAAAAGUCUUCUCUGUUUUCUUUGCUGGAGAUUUUCUCGUAAAUUCCCUUUAAAAUCAGAUUUGAGGGCCAAAAAAUAAAACCAUAUUUCAUGAUUUUUCACAAGUUACUCAAUGAUGAUGACUUAUAUACAUGGUAACAGUGGAGGACGUUUCUGGAGAGCCGUUGGCUUGGAAGCGUUAAUUUUACAGUCAAACAGAACUGACUGUAGGUUUAGAAGUACGUAUGUUGUCACUACGUUAAGUGUUCAUACUAAACAUGAGCUAAGUUUUAAAUCAGUUUAUAAACAUGUCCAAAUACUCCUGUGAUGGGUUUUGAGGUUUUUUGGAGUUGCUGCAGAGGUUUCACAGAGUGUAAAUACAGAGUUUGAGACGAGCCUGAAACAGGAGCUGUAAAUUGAGGCUCUAAUUGUCGGCGGUGGGAGCAGAGGUUGGCAGGUGGAAAUGUUUUAUUGAUGGAUUGGUUAUUAUUUUCCUCUCUCCCCUCAGGCAUCAGUCCCCUCUCUCCAUCAUCUGCCGCUCCCCGUCUCUCAGUGAGAUGCCCCUGGGCACGGUGCUCGGGCGGAGGCCCACCUGUCACCGAAACAUCUGCACCAAAGUCCUCCUGGCUGAGGGGAAGGAGACGCCUUUCACCGAGCACUGCCGCGACUAUGAGAACACCUACAGGGUGAGUGCUGUGACGUUAACCUUUACCUAUACUUUUAACAGGAACAAGCACUGGGAAAAAUAACCAGAAUCUCUGUGUUUUCCCUUUUUAAUGUUUUAAUAUCUGUAACAGGAGUGUUACAGAUAUUGGAGUGUGCAGAGAAAUCAACUGUAUCUGUACUGGGAUGAAAAUUGAAAAAAAAUUUUGAAAAAAAAAAACGAGACUAGUCGUGACCAAUUUACAAAUACAAAUUUGAUUUUAAAAGGAAUUUUUAGAAUUAAUCUGACUUGUUGCUAAUGCUCUGAUUUGCCUUUUUAAGCUCAAAGAAAAUUGUCACAAUAAGUUCUGACUUGUAUUUUAAAGCUCCUGUGAGGAUCUUUGUGAUCUUUUACAUGUAAAUUGUAAAAACAGAGCUGUUUCUUAAGCUUCAUGGCUGACACCUAGCCCCCCAGACUGGUUCCAGGCACUAAAAGUCAUAUUAAAACAUAAUCAGUCAUGUUGGCAAUGGUUUUGUUUGCUUUUGAAAAUAUAUCAAUUUGAACUUCAGUCUAUUUCACAAAAGUAAAAAAAUCCCACAUAGGUGCUUGAAACACUCAGGUCGCUUUCACACCAGAGCUGUUUGGUCCGCUAUGAACGGACCAGAGUUCGUUUCCUCAGACAGUCCGCUUCGUUUGGGCAGGUGUGAAAGCCCAUCCGAACUCUGGUGCGGACCAAACAAGUGAACUCUGGUCCGCCUGAAAACGUGGGUCUCGGUUCACUUCUAAGUGAACCCUGGUUUGGUACGUAUACAGUGUGAAAGCUCACCGGACCAAACACAGGACCAAAUGUACAUAAUGACGCUAUACGCAGUGCAUAUGCAGUUCAUCUUGGGUAGAUAAAGCCCGGCGUCCCUUGUUGCUAUGGCAACAAGUGACCGCUGACAUUAGCAGUUGCUAGCUAGCUUAGCUCAAUUGUCUGAACAACAAUAACCCAUGAAUUCACAAUUUGGCAUAUUUAAACAAAAUCAAAUCACAACUACCAACAGACACAGGCCUUAAACUCUGAGCUCAUACGUUGUUAUAUGUUAGAUCGUCAAAGUUAGAAAAAUAACAGGAUCAAUCUCUGACAAGUUACGAUAGCAUUAUAGGAACAACGUUGUAGCAUUCCAUAAAAUAAUGUGACGAAGCACAAUACAAGACGGCUAGUCCACCCCUGUUUGUAAUCCGUGAGGUGACAUACCCCUCCUACUUUGUCCAAUCGACGAGCGCCCCUUUCAACCACGUGAUGCUGCUCGGAAAGUUUGGUGCACUUUAGAAAUUACAGUGUGAAAGCAGAACUGAAACACGUGAUAAAUGCUACAAUGCUGUGACUUUCAGCUCCCCAAUCGAACUGAGUCCGCUUGGUCAAGUGACCUUAAAAACUCCUUACUGUAGCUUUAAAUGUGUCUGCCCCAGGGCAGCUGUGACUACUAAGGUAGUUUACCAUGAUCAAAAAGUGUGACUGUGUGAGCGAAUGAAUGAUGUAUCCAAUGUAAAGCGCUUUGAGGGUCUCUGAUAAAGCGCUAUAUGAAAUCUGAUGCAUUAUUAUUAUUAUUAUUAUUAUUAUUAUUAUUAUUAUUAUUAUUAUUAAAGCAGUUUAUGAAGAGAUUUUUCAUUGCCAAAACAAACCUUUGUCUCACUAAAGAAACACAUUUUAUUUCUAUAUAUCUCUUAGUUUGAUGUCCAGACACACACAUAGAAAUCCUGUUUUUAGAUCAGCAUUAAACCCCUGCAGGUUCUGAGAAGCGUCUCUAAACUCUGAGUGAAACAAAAACAAGUCGGCGGCUUGACUUCCUGCAGAAAUUCAUCCUCAACCUGUCGAGUGGGCAACACGGUUUUCACACUUAGAUGCACUUCAGCGGGCAGCAGUGCACUCCAUGCCUCCUGAGUGUCAUGUCUUUCUGUGUUUGUUUGUGUGUGUUUAAAGACUUUCCAGACAGAGAUUCAGAAUCUGAAGGACCAGGUCCAGGAGCUGCACCGAGACCUGACCAAGCACCACUCCAUCAUUAACACAGAUAAAAUGGGAGAGAUCCUGGACAGGUCGCUGCACAUUGACAGCCAGAUAUCUGCGCAGUACACCACAGUGGAAACUAUGAGGGUCAUGUUUGAGGAGGUGCAUCAAGUGAUACCUUGAUGAGCUGACCUUCAGUGUGUACCUGCCUCUGCUGGCCGGCUCUCACAAAAACCUUUUCUACUUUUGUUCUCAGUCGGCAGAACCAGCUGCAUACUAACAAGAUACUUUUCACCCAUUUUUAUCUGCUAGAGAAGUAGUCAUGGAAAAGAAACACCACAAAUGUUUCUCUGAGGGGAAUCUGUUUGUUUCCUUGCAGGUCUGGGACGAGACUUUUCAGAGAGUCACUAACGAGCAGGAGAUCUAUGAAGGUUUGUCUUCAAAGUGGCAGCACCAAUAAUUUGUUUGACACUUAGUUUUGAUUCAUUCGUCUCUCUCUGUAUUCGUGGAUUUCAGCUCAGCUUCACGACCUGAUGCAGCUGAAGCAGGAGAACACUUACCCAACCACCAUCACCCGACAGAUCAGCCCUUACAUCCUGUCCAUCGCCAAAGUCAAGGAGAGACUCGAGCCCAGGUGUUUUACUCAAUUUUCCUUGUUUUAGUUGACUGGUGGCAGUAAUUGUGAGCAAACUAACCAUAUUCUCAUAGCAGCUGUGCAUCUCCAACAUCACUCUGAGUGUGGGGAGUUGAAAAGCUUUUAUAGUGAUAUAUUUAUGUGUCACAGGUUAUGACUGAUGGGAGUACUUAUUUAAAGCAACACAAAGACUGAGUUUAUUGACAAUUCAGAGGGACAAUGGUCUGUCUUUCAAGUCAAACAGCAAAUUUAAUUACAUUUAGACAACAUACCUCCAUUUCAUCUACUGUAUAAAACUGAAGCCUCUCAAUGGUGCCAAAUUUUGGGUUUAAGAAAUACACCGAAGUGACCUGGUCAGAGACAGGGCUUAAAACUGUUCCCUCAAAAAUCCCAUGUAUAUUCUUCUGCAUCUGUUGCACAACUGCCCGUUAACUGCUGCUGCAACAACACAGACCAUAUCGCUGUAUAUGCUUGAGCAGGCUGCUCUAACAUCUUUGCAAAGUUUUCUGCAGUAUGAGACCUCUGAAUGAUCUCUCCUUACUCCUUAACCCCUAAAUCAUGUUGCAAAAAACGUGUAAAGCUGCAGACCUGAGACAGUAGGUGGGUCGAGCUGCAGCUAAAAGAGGAGAGAUGUUGAGGGUGGAUUCAGGGUUUAGCUUGGGGUGCCCCAGCCCCACAGAUGCACCCCCUUUUCUUUUUAUUCAUGAUUCAAUGGACUAUCUGCAGCUAAGAAGCAGUUGAAAUUGUCAUGUUAGGAUAUGGUCAGACUUCCCUCUGCACUCUCACUUGUCUUUUCAGUCACUGAUUGAAGCAGAAGCAUUGAAAUAAUAAGUUAUUCCCUUCAUCGGUUAAAUUACUUAUGACUUAGAGGCUCUUGUUGAUCUCCACCAAAGUCAAUGCAGCUGUCCUGGUUGGAAACUCCAAUACAUAAUCAUCUCAAUUUCAAAAGAAGUGCAUCCAAAAAUGUAGACAUUCAGCAUCGGCCUAGAUCUGAAACAUUUUCUCUUUAGUUUCUCUUUUGUCUUUCUGACACUGGUUUGCGUUUGGCAUGGAUUUGCUUCAGUGUUUACCCUGAAAAUUCUGCUGAAGCUAGGUUUUAAUUGUUAUUUAAGUUAAUUUACAUGCAGAUAAUUGUAGAUGUUGAAUUUGGCUUCAAGCCAUGAUACUGUUUCCACAUUUGUACAAUUUAAAACAAAGUAUCCUGAGAUUUUAAGCAGCUGUUUCCCCAAAAAAAUAUCAUUGAACCAAAGCUGAAAAAAGCAUCAAAACCUGACACUUGUGAAUUCACUUUUAUCUUCAGCUGUUCCCAUAGAAAAGCAAAAAACAAAACAAAACAAAACAAAACAAAAAAACAACAACAGUGGGUUAUUUAUUCUCUGUGUGUUUUAUAUCUCUGUGUUGUAGAGUCUCAUUGAUGCCAGAAAACAAAAAUGUCUCUGAGCUCCAUUGUUGCUCUGGCUGACAUGUUUCUUUAUUACCAUGAACACAGACACCACGGUUUAUCUGAACUCAUUUUCACAAACACUGUUCUGCUGCAGAAAAUACUCACUGGAGCAGCAAAUUUUCAUCAAUCUGCAGCUGGAAGUCACCAUAAACAAAUGCAAAUAUUAAAUUAUAUUUGAAUAAUGAUUGUUAAAGUUAGCUGUUUCAAAUUUAUCUAAACAUUUGUACGUUUUUAAGGUAAAAAUAGGUAACACGUGAGCGAAAUGAAACAAAUCUGAUAUAUUUUGUUGAACUGUCUUUGUGUAUUUCUCAAAUUAUUUCAAUAGAUUUUCAGCCAAGGUAGAGCUUUUGUAUUUAGAGGUAAAGGUGCACUCUUUACCACUUUGUUUUCCAGGUUUCAGGAGGAGAAAGAGCACCAUGACGACCGCACAGAGACAAUGCUGAAAAUCUAUGAGGACAGCUCGACCUCCAAAGACAGUCAAGACAGGUAAACUCCAGGUUGAGCCUAACUGAGGAUGAAUCAGAACUUUUAUUUUUUUUUAUUUCUUCUUAAUUAGGUGAUGCAGGACAGAUCAUGACAGGUGGUUGACAACAUAUAUACAGUGCAAACAGACAAUAGAGACAAGACAACGUGACAAAUACAGCAGGAACACAUAACAUUUACAUACAUUUAGGCAGUGUUGCAAGACUGUUUAAUUAAGUGUGGGUGGGUGGGUGUUUCCAUGUGUGUUGUGAAGUGUGUGUGUUUGUGUGUGUUUUUUUUCCCUUUUUUUUUUCUUUAUAAAUAAAUAUAUAAAUAAAUAAUAGAAUAACAGGUAUAUAUAUAAUAUAUAUAUAUAUGUGUGUGUGUGUGUAUAUAUAUAUAUAUUACAUUAUAUAUAAUGUAUAUACUAUAUAUAUACACAUACAUAUACACAUAUAUAUAAUAAAAUUAAGUACAUAAAUAAAUAAAUGUGGCAGGAUAUAGAAAUGAUAAUUAUAGAAUAAAUGAUGCUAUUUAUGAUGCUAUUUUGUUUAUUGUACAGUGUAAACACGAGAGAAUUUAAUUACCAAAUCCCAGAUACUAGGCAAUCCGACUUUUUUCAGGUCUUUUUGGAGGAGAAAAAAGUCACAAAUUCAAGUCAUCGCUGUAAAUUACAUGAAAAAUCAAGUAAAUGACAAGAAAACUGCUGGCCUCACGAAAAAAGUGGAUUUUGAAGUCACUUUGUUGUAUAGUGUAGUGUAUAUAGUGACCCCAGAAGAUUCACCAAACCCUUAAUACCAAUCAAUCUUAAAAUUUUCCAGUAUAAUUUAAGAGAGAGAGAGAGAGAGAGAGGGAAAACACAGACUUAUAUUCAAGUCAUUACGGCAAAUGACACUAACAGUUGUGAUAAUUAGGUUCAUAAAUAUGAAGUGAAAGUGCACCCUCAGACUGAGCAGCAGUAUGAACACUGUUCGGUAUAUUACAGUCUAAAUCCUUUAUUAAACUGGUGUCCACUUGAAGCUGCUAAUUUCUUUUCUGCUGACAGUGAAAACCAGACAAGUGUCAUAGAGCAGGACCAAGACAAGAACAACCGCCUGCUGCUGCUGGAGUCAGGGGAGAGCUCUGGGAAGACGAGUCACCCGUGCAGGCUCAGGGUCUCCACGGAGACCAGCAGCCACAGCGAGAUGCCUUUAUAA